UUCCACUACGCGUGUCCAGCUGCAACUUUCAAAAGCUCCUUGCUUUCACCUAGACCCAAACUAACAUGUUCCCAACAGCUACAGUGAGUAUAAGGAAAAUUUCCUGUAAGAAGACCUAAAUCUGCUUGUACAUGAAUCCUAAACCCACCAUGGACUUUGGAGGAGUGGACACUGACACAACUGGCCAAGGAGUAUUUGUGUAUGCACGGACUGGGCUCUGGCCUGUUGUGGAGCUGUUGUUUACCAGAGGUCCGGGUGUUAACACAACAGACCAGAGAGGCUGUACAGCAUUGCAUCUUGUUGCUCUGGCAGGGCACUGUCCAGCUAUGGAGCUGUUUUUGGAUGGAGGGGCGAGUGUUCAUGCAACUGACCAAAGAGGCCAGACAGCAUUACAUCAUGCUGCCAUUGCAGGGCACUGUCCAGCUAUAGAGCUGUUAUUGGAUAGAGGGGCAAGCAUUGAUGCAACUGAUAAAAUAGGCUGUACAGCAUUACAUUAUGCUGCUCAGUUAGGGCGCUGUCCUGCUAUGGAGCUGUUAUUGGGCAGAGGGGCGAGUGUUGACAUAACAGACCGAAGAGGCCGUACAGCACUGCAUCAUGCUGCUCAAGCAGGGCACUGUGAAGCUAUGGAACUGUUAUUGAACAGAGGGGCGAGCGUCGAUGAAACUGACCAAAGAGGCAGGACAGCAUUACAUCGUGCUGCCUGUGCAGGGUACUGUCCAGCUAUGGAGCUUUUACUGGGCAGAGGGGCGAGUGUUGACAUAACUGACAAACCAGGCCAUACAGCACUGCAUCUUGCUGCUCAAGCAGGGCACUGUCCAGCUAUAGAUCUGUUAUUUGAUGGAGGGGCGAGUGUUCAUGCAACUGACCAAAGAGGCCAGACAGCAUUAUGCCAUGCUGCCAUUGCAGGGCACUGUCCAGCUAUAGAGCUGUUAUUGGACAGAGGUUCGGGUGUUAACACAACUAGUCAAAUAGGCCGUACAGCACUGCAUCAUGCUGCUCAAGCUGGGCACUGUGGGGCUCUGGAGUUGUUACUGGACAGAGGGGCGAGUGUUGACAUAACCGACAAAACAAGCCAUACAGCACUGCAUCUUGCUGCUCAUGCAGGGCACUGUCCAGCUAUUGAGCUGUUACUGGACAGAGGGGUGUGUGUUGACAUAACAGACCGAAUAGGCCGUACAGCACUGCAUCUUGCUGCUCAGACAGGCCAGAGUAGCGCUAUGGAGCUGUUAUUAAACAGAGGGGCAAGCAUUGACAAAACUGACCAAAAAGGCUGGACAGCAUUACAUCAUGCUGCCAUUGCAGGGCACUGUCCAGCUAUAGAGCUGUUAUUGGACAGAGGUUCGGGUGUUAACACAACUAGUCAAAUAGGCCGUACAGCACUGCAUCAUGCUGCUCAAGCUGGGCACUGUGGGGCUCUGGAGUUGUUACUGGACAGAGGGGCGAGUGUUGACAUAACCGACAAAACAAGCCAUACAGCACUGCAUCUUGCUGCUCAUGCAGGGCACUGUCCAGCUAUUGAGCUGUUACUGGACAGAGGGGUGUGUGUUGACAUAACAGACCGAAUAGGCCGUACAGCACUGCAUCUUGCUGCUCAGACAGGCCAGAGUAGCGCUAUGGAGCUGUUAUUAAACAGAGGGGCAAGCAUUGACAAAACUGACCAAAAAGGCUGGACAGCAUUACAUCAUGCUGCCAUUGCAGGGCACUGUCCAGCCAUAGAGCUGUUGUUGAACAGAGGUUCGGGUGUUCACACAACUAGUCAAAUAGGCCGUACAGCACUGCAUCAUGCUGCUCUAACAGGGCACUGUCCAGCUAUGGAGCUGUUGAUGGGCAGAGGAGCAAGUGUCGAUGUAGCUGACCUAAAAGGCCGGACAGCAUUACAUCAUGCUGCCUGUGCAGGGCACUGUCCAGCUAUAGAGCUGUUGUUGGACAGAGGGGCGAGUGUUGACAUAACCAACAAAACAAGCCAUACAGCAUUGCAUCUUGCUGCUCAUGCAGGGCACUGUCCAGCUAUUGAGCUGUUACUGGACAGUGGGGUGUGUGUUGACAUAACAGACCGAAUAGGCCGUACAGCACUGCAUCUUGCUGCUCAGACAGGCCGGAGUAGUGCUAUGGAGCUGUUAUUAAAAAGAGGGGCAAGCAUUGACAAAACUGACCAAAGAGGCAGAACAGCAUUACAUCAUGCUGCCUGUGGAGGACACUGUCCAGCUAUGGAGCUGUUACUGGACAGAGGGGCGAGUGUAGACAUAACUGACAAAACAGGCUAUACAGCACUGCAUCGUGCUGCGCAGGCAGGGCACUGUAGCGCUUUAGAGCUGUUGUUGGGCAGAGGGGUGGAUAUUGAUGUAACCGGCGACUCAGGCCAGGCACCUGACAACUUUGGCCUGACAGCUCUUCACCUGGCUGCGAGUAACGGCCACUGUGCUGCGAUCACCCUUCUCCUGGACCGGGGUGCCAACUUGGAAAAAAGGAACAUGCUCGACCAGACAGCCUUACACUUUGCUGCAAGCAGAGGGAACUGUGAGCAUGUUGGACUGUUGCUAGAUCGAAGCUUUGAUGGGCAAUGUGGGCCUGUAAUGAGCAAAGAUCUGUUGACAGCUCUUCAUCAACACAGCUCUUUGUCUACAGAAGAAGGCACUUGUGCUGCUAUCACGCUCUUGUUAGAUAGACGAGCGGAUAUAGAUGCUGUUGAUCGUUUUGGCUGCACUCCCCUACAUUAUGCUGUCUUGAAAGGGAACAACAACCCCAUUCUCCUACUGUUGGAUAGAGGUGCAGACCUUCAUACGCAGAAUAGUUCCGGUCAGUCAUUGCUUCACUCAGCAGCAUUUGGCGGACAUAACGAUACCGUCAAUUUGCUGUUAGAUCGUGGAGUGGACAUUGAGGCAGAGGAAGUUCAAGGCAGCACGGCACUCCAUCUAGCCGCACGGUACGGACACCACGAGACAGUCAGAUUGCUGUGUUCUCGCGGUGGGAACCUGUCAGCAAAGGACAAGGAGGAGGACUUGACUCCCCUUCUGGAGGCUGUCACGAAUGGACACUGCAAUGUUAUUGAUGUCGCCUUAUCAUUAGGUGCUACACUAGCUGAGAGGGAUGCUGUUGACAACUCAGUGCUUCAUGUGGCCAUUCCAUCUCUUGACCCAAACACAGCACUGAACACUGUAACUCACUUACUGGGUCUAGGUGCAGAUGUGAACGCAAGGAACAUAGAUGGCGAAACAGCACUUCACCAGUUCAUCGGUUCAAAACUAUGCUCCUUGAAAAUGGCAGAAUCACUCCUUCUGGCGGGCACAAACUGUAACGUGAAGGACAUAGAUGGUCAGACACUCUAUGAUGUGGUGCCGAAGGAUACAGACCUUCAGAAACUCCUGCUUCAUCAUCAAAAACAUCACCCUGACCUGAAAAGAUUGUGCAGAGCAAAGAUCCGCGAUGUUCUCCAUAAGAGUGGGCAAGAAGAAUCUGAAAUCAAUCAGUUUGCAAUACCCAAAGAACUGAAGGAUUACCUGCUAUUCAGAGACAUUUUCUAAAUGUGCUGUGCAGCCCUUUUCUUCCUUGAACUGUUUCAUUAGUUUAGCAAGUCACAAGUUUACAAAGACAUUUGCACCAAGUGUUUUUAUCAUUCAAGUUCUAUUGUCAUUAAAGAGCUAUUGUCGUUAAAGUGCUAUUGUCAUUAAAGUGCUAUUAUCGUUAAAGUGCUAACUGUCGUUAAAGUGCUAUUAU